AGAACUAGAUUGUAACACGCGCGCUAGCAGUCAUGGGUCAGGGAAAUGGCACGGCACUCGCCAAGGACACCCUUCAGGCGGAGCAGUUCCUGAAGUAUCAAGAGGCGCGCCAUGCGAUAGUGCAUCGCGCCUUUGUGAAGUGCGUUGUGCCGUCCUCGACAGGCAAGGACGACGGGUACGACUUGUCACCUGAGGAGCGCAUGUGCGUGGAGGAGUUCGCAAUUCUCUACGCCGGCUUUGCGAAAAAAGGCUUCAUUCACUUUAGCACCCUCUACGAGCAGCAUCAGCGGGACGUCUACGAGCGGGCGCGACUGGAGUACAUGCAGCAGCAGGCACGUCAGGAAAUCCAACGCUAA